GCCACAUAAAACCAUAGAUAGUAAUAAAAGCCUUUUAAAAAGGUCACUUCCCGUUCAAAUUACAAAUUUAGAUCUGAACUCUACACAAAGAAGGCCACCACUAUCAGUAUGCCUAUGGCUAAAAGUCUGCUGCUCUGCUUCAUCCUCACAAUUACAACAUUCCUCUUAUUUGUUUGUGGUCCAGUGAAGUCCUGCAGCCACGGAGAGAUCCGAUUGGUGGAAGUUACAGGUGCUUUCAAUGGAACUCCCGAGGUGUGUGUUGCUGGGAGAUGGAGUGGAGUCUGUGCUGACAUAUCCGCUAUGAACCAAGCAGCUGCAAUAGUGUGCAAACAGCUGGGCUGUGGACAUGGAUACGUAGACAAUCAAAGACAAUGUCACAACAGUACACUCAAGUUUCAAUGCAGAGGAGGAGAGUCAAAUUUAACUGGUUGUUCUAUUUUGGAUGGUGCUGACUGCUCAACAGGAGAAGAUAUGUGCAUUGUCACUCUGUGCACUUCAUGUCAGGCACAAUUAGAUUUAUUGGCUUAUGGAAGUCCGGAUUAUGAUCAGCAAGUGCCUAUGCUAGAUGAUGGUUCGUCUGAGGCAGUUGUGAUACAACCGUUUCCAUUCUUUGGAGAAAAUCAGAGCAAGCUAUUUGUAAACACGAACGGAGUUUUGUCUUUUCAUGAAGGAUACAUAUACUAUAGUCCAAGACCCCUACCAUUUACUGAUGUGACACCACUGAUUAUACCUUUCUUGAGAGAUAUCCAUAUAAGUUGCAACGGUAGUGGUGAAAUUUACUAUAGAGCAGUAAAUGGGUCCGGAUCCUACCAAGCGAGCCUACUGGUGAACGACUACGUAUACAGAGAAACUAGGUUCUUCCCAACAUCCAUAUUUAUCGCUACAUGGCAUCAAGUUUAUCUGUACCCUUGCUCUAGUGGUAUGCAUCAACAGAAUACAUUUCAAGUAGUUCUGAUGACGAAUGGACAGGAUUCUUUUGCUUGCUUUUUAUACGAAGAUAUCCAAUGGGGGCCAGGCGCACAGAUCGGGUUCAAUGCAGGAGAUGGGAACAGAUCAUUCACUGUACCUGGUGGACUGACUGGUGCUACACUGCACAUGGAGAGUUUGUCAAAUGUGGGAAGACCUGGGCUGUUUGUGUAUCAAGUAGAUGGUGAUGAAAUAGGGGCACCUGCUAGCAGUCCCACACAGCUGAUAGUCACCCAAGUAUUUCAGAUGUCACUUCAGCUACGUUGGACAAAUACACACGAUGAUGAAGUGAAUCAUUUCAAUGUGUACUGCUAUCACACCAGCUGUCCCUAUUGCUCUCAUCUACCAGCUGUGCACACUGUAACUACAUCAAGUACCACAGCUACAGUCACCGGGAUGACACCAUACACAGAGUAUGGAUGUUGUGUGACAGCAGUUAACUUAAACCAGGAAAGUAACUGCUCAGAAGAACUGAAUAUCUCUACUUUAUUAUUACCAGUACCACCAACAAGGCCAGUUGAUGUUGGUAUCAAUGAAAUAACAAGCAUAUCCUUUAAACUGGAAUGGUCAAGACCAUUGCAUAUAGAUGGAACACUACUGUACUACCAGAUAAGAUGCUUACAGAACCUCAACAAUGUCUGGCUCAGCACAACCUUGAACAGUAGUGUGGAUGUGAGCAACCUCCAACCAUUCACUAACUACACGUGUUGUAUCUCAGCUACUAAUCAAGCUGGUGAAGGAAGAAGCGCAUGCUCUGAUGCAAGAACAGAUCUAGCUGAUCUCCAAGUUUCCAGCAGUCAAAUCAACUUUGUAAUUGCUUUGUCGGCUGGAGCACUAUCAGCAUUUCUGGUAGUCCUGGCUCUUGUGAUAACAUGCAUAACCUGUUGUUGUUGUUACAAGAGGAGAACAAGCAAACAAGUGACUCUUCAAGGUCAACAAAGCACUGCAGAUCCAGUGUACGAUGUUCCUGAAGAUAUAGAGCUCAAAGAGAAAGGCAGUACGUUGAGAAGUGAUCCACAAAACAACGACACAACAUCACACAGACACGUGUACAAAGAAGAGGUGGAUAUACGAUAUGAGAAACCUGUGCUUGCUUCGAGAGGGAUUGCAACGAACAAAAAACAGAGAGAGAAGAAGCCAAUGAUGCCGAUAGCUACUCCACCCAUCAUUCAAUCUGGCCAGCAAAGCAGUGAGAAGAUCUACCAGCCAUUGAUCCCUCCCAAGACUUACAAAGAACAACAAGAAGUCUCGGCCUAUCAAGACCUGGCCUUUGAGAUAAGAGACGCUGGGACAGACGUGGCUAAUAAUUCAGAGGGACAGUACGAGCCAAUCAAGAAGAAUGAUGAGGACGAUCAGUACGAGCCCCUGUCGUUUGGAGGGGGUGGGGCAUCUCAGGAGGAGGGGGCAUACCAACCACUGAGCUUCCAGAGGGAGGACGACAACACUUACGAAACUACCACCACCCGUACAUGAGAAAUGAACUAUGACUUUUGUUGACUGUAUUAAUAUGAAUAUUUGUUCUGUGUAUGUUGUGUGUUGCAUUGAUGCUUGAGUGGUGUUUUUUUGUACACUCUUUUAUUUUCCACAUGUGUUGGUUUGCUGUAUUUUGAUGCCACAACUGUAAACCAAUAAGAUCACAAACUGCCAUGAUGUCAGUGAAGUCUUUGACAA